AUGAGAAAGGAGCUUGACGGCAUCACUAUUGAAGUUGGAGUUCGUCUCAUCAAGCUCUUCUUCAAGUACAUUUACCCUUACUUUCCUAUCCUGUCGCGCUCUCGAAUGAUGUCGGACAACUCUCAUGUUGAAGAGAUACUCUUAACUCUGCCUCUUUCUCUCAAGGAGGCUGUCUACGCAUCUUCCCUCUCUUUUAUGAUUUAUGACGAUUAUCUGUCCGCCAUGCUAGACGUCGAUCUACCAUCCGCGCAGAAUCUUUACCGCAUCUCUUGGAUCGCAAUAACGCAUGAAAUACACACACCACACCUAUCAACAUUGCAAUCGUGUCUGUUACUACUACAGCGGGAUAACGUGAGUCGCUACGUUCAGGGCUCACCAUUCCAAUGGAGCCUAGUGGCAUGGACUGUUAGUCUAGCACAAACACUAGGAUUAUCAACGGACUGCUCGACUUGGCGAGGUCUUCCUCUGUGGGAGAAGAGGCUUAGAAGGCGGCUUUGGUGGGCGUCUUAUGUGCUAGACAAAUGGAUUCUCCUGUUUUCCGGACUUGCUAGUCACAUUCGGCAUGAUGAUUUUGAUGUGCUACCCUUGACAGCGGCCGACUUCGCAACAGAUCCAGACGAGACAAACAUGCCGCGCGGGGCACUAGACAUCACUCAACACCAGAGUUCACAUUUUUACCACCUGGUCGAGCUUACCAGGAUAUUAUCAAGAAUCAACGAUACAUUUUUCACCGUGCGAUCGUCAAAAGAAACAGCGUCCAAUAUUUUGCUGACAUUUGAACUCGCAAAGCCGAUACGUUCCCAAUUACACUCCUGGAGAGAGUCCUUUGAACGGUUCUCAACUCUCCAGCAAAACUUCUCUGCCUCACGAGGACAACUCGACGGUAACAUAUCGCUAGGCCUGGCUUAUCCCGUUGUAACAAUGCUCCUGUUCAGAGCUCUAAUGCGGCCACUCGAGACCUCAAAGGGCAGUGCAGAAGAUAUGAUUUUGAGGGAGAGCAGUCGGGACUCGAUCCGGGUAGGCGCAGAAGCCUGUUGUGUGGAAAUAGUCAACUGUAUAGAACUGAUUCAACCCAGCGCUUGGAAUGCGUUCUGGCACAAAUUCUCCCCCAACUUCUUCGCCAUGCCUUCUUCUUUUAUGAUGAGACUUCUCGUUACUUCGAACUCUCCAAGUGAAAUUCAGAGGAUGAACAACCUCAUCGAUCGCUGGAGAUGGGCCAUGAGAACUGGUGGUGGUAACGCAGGCAAUGCCAUGAUGAGCUUAGGUCUGCUUCGUCUGGAUAGUGAUCCUAAAGCCGAUCGACCCACCUUUUUCUAUAUUCCGAUCUUGACUGGCAUCCGGUGGAAAGUUUGGAGGUCUGGCGUUAAACACGAAAUUACACCAGCACUCGGAAUGGUUGAAUAUCUGGCACCCCCUGUCUUAGGAUCAGACUUCGUUAUACGCAUCGAGCCUUUGACCGCAGCAAGCUUUGCAUCCUUUGGAACGGCAAUCAUCCCCCCAACCCUACCUGCCGCAUGCGAUAUAUCUCAAGCAAAAACAAUUCCAAAUCACCAUAUCACUCUUAAUUCGAAGGCCACGGUUGUGAAUCAAGGAACAGCGAUAAAGAUCUCACCAAUAUCGCCACUGAUCAACUCUUACCCGAGCACCACCAACUCCAAGCCCCUGGUAUCCCUACUCAGUUGCUUCCCACGACAUGACUUUCUCCGGUCAAACCAAGCAACAAGAUACAUUCAUAUCGACGUCCUGGAGCGCCACUCCUUUUCAUCCCAGACAUUCGUUCCUCUCUCUGCGUAUCCAACAGCGCGCUAUCUAAUUAUCGUUGCACCUUCCGUCCAAUCAGCCGAAAGGGGUAUCAUAAACCCACCUGAUCUCUCAAGCAUGCGUGCGUUUCUUGCUACUCCUUCUCAAGCUGUCACGUAUGCCCCUGGAACAUGGCAUGCACCCAUGACUGUACUAUCAUCAUCGGAGUUAGAUUUGGAUCCAGGCACCCGAAGGAUUGAUUUUGUCGUUACGCAGUUCGUAGAUGGCACUGAGAGGGACUGCGAAGAGGUGGUUAUGGGUGACUGUACAGACUGGAAUAAUGGCGAGAUUGAAACGUGCAGAGUGUUUGUUGUUGUUGACGAAGAGAGAGAUGAGUGA